AUGCAGUUCAACUCUCUCAUCACAGCUCUCACUAUCCUGGCUCUCACGACCAACUACGCCUUACUCUGGACGCUCAUCAUCUACCCAGAAACUCAAGACUGCACGGGCGACAGCCACGUCAAGUACACCUCAGACAACACCUCACCACAAUGCUUCGUCGCCGGUAAACCAGGAGAAGAUGUGACUUGCGAAGUUAAGAGCGAUGACGGCAAAACCUGGGCUAGCUGCCGUGAUGAUGCGCUGGCCGCAGAUCCGGACAAGCUCUCCUUCACUAUCGCGAAGGGCAACUAUUGUACUUGGGCGGCUGUGGGCGAGUAUUGCGCUGGUGACUCUUCGAAGUCGCAGGGAGAGUGCCUGAAAGGCAGUGAAUAUGGCCACGGCAACAACAUGCGUUUUCAGUGUGCGAAUGAGUGA